AUGCUGAGCGUUGCAUUUGUAUGCAUGGGAGCUGACCCUAACCCUGAUGUGGAACCUGGUCUUGGUGGUGCAGGUGUUUCUGAUUGCCCAAGUGGUUCUGAGUGUAAGGACACUGAGUCGAAACUACGGGAAACACCUGCACGUGGUCCUAGUGGUGAUACUGAGUGCAUUCCUGGUGGUACUCCUGAAUGUGCGAAAGCUGCCCCGAAUACUCUUGUGAAGUCUGAACCUGUAGUUGAACCUGUUGAUUCUAAGUGCACACCCGGUGGUACUACUGAAUCUAACACUGAUACUUCCAAAUGUGAGGAAACUAUCGGUAAACCUCCUCAUGAGAAAGGUGCACCUAAACCUAAUAAUCCUGAGUGCCAUGGUGGUACUCCUGAUCCUUCUGGUAAAUGUACUAAUCCUGCUGAGAGAAGUGAACGUGGUGGUGAUGGUUUGGAGUGCCCUGGUAACACUUCUCGUACUGCUGAUGGUAAUUGUACUUCUGAAUCACAACCAGCAGCACACCCAGUACCACAGCAAGAAAACGAACAUCAGCAAGAACAACAACCGGAUCUUAAUCGUGUGAGCACAGAUAAUGGCAGUGAACCAGCAGGAAGUGGAGACCUAGAAAAUACGUCAACCACAGAAGGACAGGCAACGACAUCAUCUGGAGACAGUGGUUCCAACAACACUAACCUACAAACUCAGCCAGAAAGUGCAAAUGAAGGUGGUGACAGUAAUCCCAGUAAUCAGACUGCUGCAGCUGCAGGUACGACUGGCACAGAAGGUUCACAUGAGAAUGGCAAUGCUGAUUCAACUUCAACCACCAUCACUACCACAACAACAACACUUCCUCCUGAACUCACAAACAACAAGAAGGGUGAUGCAGACAGCAGCAGCAGU